AUGACCAGUCUCACACCCAAGGAUAAGGACACCGUCAAGGCCUUCUGGAGCAAAGUCUCCUCCAGGUCCGCGGACAUCGGCACGGACGCUCUGGCCAGGAUGUUGACUGUCUACCCUCAGACCAAGACCUACUUCGCACACUGGAAGGACACCAGCCCCAACUCCGCCAGCGCCAAGAAGCAUGGCAUCACCGUCAUGUCCGGAGUCGCCGACGCCGUGAGCAAGAUCGACGACAUCAAGGCCGGACUCUUCAACCUGAGCGAGCUUCACGCCUUCACCCUGAGAGUGGAUCCUGCCAACUUCAAGAUCCUGUCCCACUGCAUCCUGGUGGUCAUGGCCAACAUGUUCCCCGCCGACUUCACCCCUGAGGUGCACGUGUCCAUGGACAAGUUCCUGGCUUUUGUGUCUCUGGCUCUGGCUGAGAAGUACAGAUAAACCUGUGCACUGCGCAGACGACAGCAUGAACAAUAAAUCUGAUGCAAAGACUUCC